AUGUAUUUGUCGUCUUUAAAUGAUAACACUCAAACCGGAUCAUCACCACCAAUUCCAAGCGUUCCAUCAACUUCAACCGCUUUAUGCCAAGUUGCAACGGCAGGUUGUUGUGUAUCCUGUUUGAUUCCCAUUACGGAUCAGCAUUUCCUGUUGAUGAACGAACAAAGUUGGCACUAUGAUUGUCUACGUUGCUGUCUAUGUCACUGCUCACUGCAUAAUACAUCAACUUGCUACUACAAAGAUGGAAUGGUACUUUGUCGUGAUGAUUAUCUCACUAAAUACGGUAAACGUUGUGAGCGAUGUGCUGCCAUAUUAUGUGAUGAAGAUAUUGUCAUGCGAGUUAAUGAAGCAAUUUUUCAUUUGGAAUGUUUCACGUGUUACGUUUGUUCUGCACCACUUCGACCGAGUGAAUUAUUCAUGAUGGGAUGUAACGGGACAUUGUACUGUCACGUGCAUUUUGGUGCAAUCAAUAUUACUAGUGAUGAUAGCUCUCUACGAACCACCGAUUCAUCCGAGAUUUCGGUGCUACGAGGGAAAGAACGAUGUCGGAAGUGGAAAAAGUCAACUGAUGACAUCGAGAGUACCACAGAUAGUAUUGAUUGCAUUGAAGAAGAAACGUUGAAUAUAACGCACAAAUCAAAACGGAUGCGUACCAGUUUCAAGCAUCACCAGCUGAGGACAAUGAAAAGUUAUUUCAAUUUAAAUCAUAAUCCGGAUGCUAAAGACUUGAAACAAUUGGCACAAAGAACUGGUCUUACAAAGAGGGUUUUACAGGUUUGGUUUCAAAAUGCUCGCGCAAAAUUUCGUCGUAAUAGUAUACAAUGUCGUGAAGUUUGCAGUAACUCAUCUCACGUAUCAUCUCUUCCAAGUACUUCGUUUCACGAAUCAAUCGAACCGGUUGAACCGAUAACAUGCAGCUCAACAUGUGAUUCCAUGGAAGAAUCAUGGCAAACAUCAGUAAGUCCGGAAGAAGGCAGUCAACGAGAUGAACGAUCCGGUAGCUCGAACGACGAUAACGAUCUAAACAACAGCAAAACUGAAACCGAAACAAGCGGCUGUAUCAGUUCACCCGAGAAAUCAUUAGCUGAAUAUUUUGAAACGGACCCAGCAUUGCUGUAAACUUAUGUGAAAAUAAAACAUAUAUAGGAUAUUAAUUCUAGUCAUUUCCUUCAAAUCCUUC